AUGGCCUCCUGGACACACCUUAUCCGAUUCGUCGCCGUCGAAGACAACCACAUCCAUCUUGGCCAAUUGGUCAACACCGAACAGGAUGUGGGCAAAGACAGCGUCAACGGGGUGGAUAUCCCUGUGUACCUCAUCGAGGGGACAAUCUUUGAUGGCCGUGUUACGGAUCAGCUCAUGCAUGUGAAGCAGAUCCUCGCUCCCGUGAGCAGCGAACAAUGCAAUUACAUUCGCUGCCUCGGACUGAACUACCUCGACCACGCCAAGGAAGCCAACCUCGCCCUUCCGACGGUUCCUAUCCUCUUCACUAAGCCACGCUCAGCCCUCAUCGGCCCGUAUCCUGCCGCGAUCAAUGUCCCUAAAUGUGCCCAGGAUGGCACUAGCGACUAUGAAUCCGAGUUGUGUGUGGUGAUUGGUCGUACGGGACGGGAUAUCCCCGAAGAGAAAGCCUUGGAUUAUGUUCUGGGAUAUACGGCUUCGAAUGAUGUAUCUGCUCGGACGUUGCAGUUGGCUACUGCUCAGUGGUCGUUUUCGAAGGGUUUGGAUGGAAGUUGUCCGAUUGGUCCCGUCCUGGUCUCACCAUCAGUGAUUACCGAUCCUCAGACUCUUCGCAUUCAGGGUAUACAUAACGGUGUUGUUGUCCAGGAUGGACAUACUAAGGAUAUGAUCUUCUCCAUUAAGAAGCAGAUUUCGUACCUCUCCCAAGGGACUACGUUGGAAGCGGGGACGAUCUUCCUCACUGGCACACCGGCGGGAAUUGGGUACUUCAAGAAGCCGAGACAUGUUUUGGAGGAUGGGGAUGAGUUUUCGGUGACGAUUGAUAAGAUUGGUACUUUGACUAAUAACGUACGCUAUGAAUAG